AUGCAAUUGCUGGCUGGUGCGAAAAUCAUCGAAGUUGGAGAUACGCCGAAGGAUCGAGCCCUCUUCAACGGAGCCCAAAAAUUGUUCGGUAUGGUGAUCACCGUUGGACAGGCAAUUGUUUACGUAAUGUCUGGACUGUAUGGAGAUCCUGCUGAAAUUGGUGCCGGAAUUUGCUUGCUUAUUGUCGUGCAAUUAGUUAUUGCUGGUCUCAUCGUUCUGCUCUUGGAUGAGUUGCUGCAGAAAGGCUAUGGUCUCGGAUCUGGAAUAUCCCUGUUUAUUGCCACUAACAUUUGCGAAACCAUUGUUUGGAAAGCAUUUUCACCUGCAACUAUGAAUACUGGUCGAGGAACAGAAUUUGAAGGUGCCGUCAUCGCAUUGUUCCAUUUGUUGGCCACUCGCACGGACAAGGUUCGAGCUCUUCGAGAAGCUUUCUACCGUAAUAAUCUGCCUAAUCUGAUGAACCUGAUGGCUACUUUUGUCGUGUUUGGCGUAGUUAUCUACUUCCAGGGCUUCCGUGUUGAUCUCCCAAUCAAAUCCGCUAGAUAUCGAGGACAGUACAGUAGUUAUCCUAUCAAGCUUUUCUACACCUCCAACAUCCCUAUUAUUCUCCAAUCCGCUCUCGUUUCCAACCUCUAUGUCAUUUCUCAGAUGCUCGCAGCUAAGUUCGGAGGAAACUUCCUUGUGAACAUUCUCGGAACAUGGUCGGAUGCCUCUGGAAGUUAUCGUAGUUACCCAACUGGAGGUAUCUGCUACUACCUCUCACCACCGGACACCCUCUCUCAUGUUCUUGAGGAUCCGAUCCACUGCAUUGUCUACAUUGUGUUCAUGCUUGGAUCCUGUGCAUUCUUCUCGAAGACAUGGAUUGAUGUGUCUGGCUCCUCUGCAAAGGAUGUGGCUAAACAACUGAAAGAGCAGCAAAUGGUGAUGCGUGGUCACCGGGAGAAGUCCAUGAUUCACGAGCUCAACCGGUACAUCCCAACAGCAGCUGCUUUU